AUGCCAUUAGAGUUUUCUCGCUCUCCAAGCACUAGAGUCAUUAUUGAUUGCACAGAAGUGUUUAUUGAAGUGCUAUCUUUAAUGAAGUCUCGUUCAGAAACGUGGUCGAACUAUAAGCGCCAUAACACUUUCAAAGUGCUUGUAGGUGUGUCUCCCAAUGGCCAAGUUAUCUUUAUUUCCAAACUUUGGGGAGGAAGAGUCUCUGAUAAAGUCAUCACUCAGCAAUCUGGGAUUCUUGAUUUGUUUGAUGUUAGAGACAAUAUAAUGGCAGAUAGAGGAUUUCAUAUAAAGGAUAUUUUACCACCAGGCGUCGAUCUGAAUUUUCCCCCCUUCAAAGGCACAAGGAAGCAGAUGACUGCAAAAGAGGUUCAGGACACAGCCAAGAUUGCUUCCGUCAGAAUUCAUGUCAAAAGAGCAAUCGGUAGAAUAAAGAACUACCACAUACUUGAUGGAGUCCUGCCAAUCAAUCUUGCCUAUGCUGCAGAACAGAUUUGUACAGUUUGCAGUUACUUGAAAAACUAUCUACCACCACUUUUUGAGCCAGGUCACACCGAUAACAUAUAA